GGCAGUUUCCGGUUUCUCCACGCCACCGAGUUGCUAGUGCAGAACGAGACCGAAGCCUUCGUGCUGCAAACAGGUGGUGCUGCCGCGAACGGGAGGUGUUGUCAUGCCCCAUUAUUACGAGGGCAAGCCAGAGGAAGGCGCGUGUUCGGGCGUGAAGGAGGAUCUGGGCAUAUGUCUGCUGCAGUCGGCCUGUGUGCUCCAGGAAGGAAAAUCUCCCCAACAAUGUUUAAAGGAAGGACACUGCAAAGCUUUGAAAUACACAUUUUUUGAAUGUAAAAGAUCAAUGUUGGAUGCCAGAUCAAGAUUCAGAGGAAGAAAAGGAUACUGAGCCAGUUAUGUUGAAAUCAAGACAAAAUCUACAAAGGGAUUUCUGCGGUUAUUAAAACAGAAGCCAGAAAACAUCAUUCAUCUGGACUUUUUUUUCCUGCUGCUGCAUAGCACACUGGAGAAAGUGUGUGAAUUCUGGCUUUGAGUGUGCACAAAGUAAAGUUCUUGCUCUUAUUUUUAGAAGAAAAACUUAUUGGAGCAGUUGUCAACUGGGAGAUAAUGUGUUUUAAAAGUUGUUCUAAAACUCAAAGAAUAGGAAAAUUCUCAUUUUCAUGAUUGACUCCUCUCCAAAUGAUAGAACUUGUAAAUGUUAUAAUUUACUGAUGGUACUAUUACAGUCAGUAACAUGGAGUGUAGUGGAAUAAUACAUCUUAUAUUGGCAGUGAUUAGAAUAAACCUUGAAUCCACUGUCUUACUUAGUACCAAAAUAAAUUCUGUUGUGAUUCCUUGAAGAAGAAA